AUGAAAUUUAAACGGGAGGCGCAGGCCCCACAUCCCAAGACAGCCGAGAGAGCAGCCAGAGCCGCAGGUCUUCCGGCCGCGCAACAUCGAAAAUUUGCGGCCGGAACACCAAGUCGAGCUAACGGCACCGGAUACAGAAGCUUACCACGGUGCCGUCUAGCCGGCUGUUCCAGGCCUAACCAGCCAUUUAAAACGGUUAAGGCCUGGAAAAUACACGUGCAGAGGGCCGCGUGUCACCGAGAGCAAACCCUCUGCACGUCCUGCGGCCACAACGUGGCUCUACCCUCCUCGGCGCACCUCUCGGCCGCCGAGAUCAAGACAGUUAUGGACGCCCACAAAGCCGAGAGGUGCGUUGGCGUCACCAAAAGGGCGUUGGUGGCGCGUAAAAUCGCUGCCGAGCGUCUAGUGACUCUAGGACGCGAUGUCUCGCACAUCGCGAUCCUAGACGAAGACGCAGAAGAGGUGCAGGUGCCGUCGAACCCACGCAAGAGGCACCUGGCCUCCGAGGCAGCGUGGAGGGCAGACCAAUGCUGCCUCUACCUCAAACGAUUCAAGGCCGACCAUCCCGAUUUAAUGGAGCAAAUCGGGAUGGAACACCAGCUCACAAUCGGAUGA